AAGCUCACUGGUCGUAGCUAACACCUACUGUGUAGCUCCACUACUAGCAUAAGAAUCCCUCUACUAUAUAAGUAGCUACCUAGACGCCUCAAUUCAUGCAUUGACAAAGUAAUUAAGCUAAGCUACCAAGAACAGAAACCCUAGCUAGCUAUUUGCUCCUUGAUCGAUCGAUCGAUCUCCUAAGCACGAUCACCGCUCUCACGUACGCAGUGACACUAAGCGAUCGAUCGAUCAGUCGAGUGAUUUGAUGGCUCAGGAAAGCAAGCGCAGUGCGAUGCAGCCGCAGAUCCGACCAAUGAUGUACGGCGACGACGAGGAGCCCUCCAUGUCGCUCGAGCUCGUCGGCUACCGCGGCAACGGCGUUGUUGUGGAUGGUGACGACGGGGCCGCCGCCGCCGCCUUUCCCCAUCCACUGCAGCUCGCCUUCGACGACAGCUUCAAGGGCGGAUGUGGCUCGGCCGACUACUACAGCUGGGCCGGCGCCUACGGCGGCUCGGGGUCCAGCUCCAGCUCCAGCUCGUCGGUGCUCAGCUUUGAGCAGGCUGGCAGCCGUGUACAGCACCUGGCCUAUAGCACAGUCGGCGGUGACGACGAGUGCUCGCUGUGGAUGGACGCGGCCGCCGGCAUGGUCGACCAUCCGUCGCAGCGGCAGUUUGGAGCCGCCUGCAGGUUCGGACACGUGAGUCCAGGCAGCUCGGGUGAUCAUGACGCCGGUCUAGACAUCCAGGAGCUGGGCGGCGUCCAUCCACCGGCCAAAGCGGCGCAGAAGCGUUCACAUCCACCGGGUGGUGAGGUGCAAGCUGCAGCGGGGAAGAAGCAGUGUAGUGGCAGCGGGGGCGGCAGGAAGAGCAAGGCCAAGGCUGCUCCUGUUCCUACCAAGGACCCUCAAAGCGCUGCUGCAAAGGUCCGAAGAGAGCGGAUCGCCGAGAGGCUCAAAGUCCUGCAAGAUCUCGUGCCCAAUGGCACCAAGGUGGACUUGGUCACCAUGCUAGAGAAGGCAAUCACCUAUGUCAAGUUCCUCCAGCUGCAAGUAAAGGUGUUGGCUGCUGAUGAGUUCUGGCCUGCACAAGGAGGGAAGGCACCGGAGCUCUCUCAAGUGAAGGACGCCUUGGACGCCAUCCUCUCAUCCCAGCACCCUAACAAAUGAGGGCACGUCGUUUUAAAUUUUAGAGUGCUAAAAUGUUGAAAAAGUUAGGAGAGAUCUAUGCAUGUACUGCUGGCAAAGAACAGGGGCAAAGUAGCAGGGCACAAACUCUGAAGAAAGUGACGUCUAAGUUAUUUGGAGUUUAGGGGUGAAUUCA